AUGUUUGUGCCUAGACAGCUGGGUCUCACAAAACAGGCUCUCAGGAGCAGCGUAUACCUAUUGGUGGUGUUGACCGUGGUGCUUGUAUAUUUCUUUACCCGUCCAAGCCAAGUCUACGCCGACUCUCCCCUGGUGCUGGACCUGGAGUUCUAUACUUGUUACCGACCCUUUUGCACAGAGUCCGAGAACGUCAGGGUGGACAAAGACUUAGGGCUGGGGAAGGCUCUUUUCAAAAGAACGUAUUUGCAAAAGAAGCUGGGAGAUAGCGACGACACUGCCGUUGUGGACGUUUCUGUGGGAAAACCAGAGUACAAGCCCGGCGACCUAUGGAAGCCUAGGGGCCACGGCGUCUGGGUGAAGUAUGGCCCGUCCAAAAAUGCAAUCAUUGACGCAACGGUGCUUUUCCAGCCGUCAGAUCCACGACCCGGAUGGACAGUGCUCACAGAGCCGCUACACACAGACACAGAUCACCAUGUUUACAUCAGCUACAGACGGCCAGCGAAGACGCCGGCCCGGCCGCAACUCUCCUUCAAGAACAACAAGUUCAAGAUAUUGCAGGUGGCAGACCUGCAUUUUUCCACGCUCGACGGCGUGUGCCGCGAUCCGUGGCCAAAGCUUGCUCCGGGCGAGAAAUGUCAGGCAGACCCAAAAACGACGCGUUUCGUCGAGACUGUACUUGAUCUCGAGAAGCCGGAUCUCGUCGUCAUGACAGGCGACCAGAUAUACGGCCCUGGCUCGCCCGACACAGAAACGACCAUCCUCAAGGUGUGCGAUAUUUUUGAGCGUCACAAAACCCCGUACGCAAUGGUGUUUGGUAACCACGACGAUGAAGGCUCGCUCCUGCGCGACGAGAUCAUGGAGAUCGUCGAGGGUUUGCCGUACUCACUCUCAUCAGCUGGGCCUGCGAAUGUGUCUGGGGUCGGCAACUACGUGCUCCAGGUGCAGAACAAGCUCGCUCUCUAUUUUCUAGACUCGCACAAAAAGCUCACAAAGGUGCUCGGGUACGACUAUCUGAAGGAGGACCAAAUUCAGUGGAUCAAAAGCUCCUGGGUCCCUGCAACCGUGAGCAUGGCUUUCUUCCACAUUCCUCUGCCGGAGUACAGAAAUACGGACGCGAUAGCGUUCGGCAACUACAAAGAGGGCGUCAUGGCCCCGCAUGUCAACUCUGGAAUGGCGCAGACUUUCAAAGAGAUUGGAGUUUCCGUGGCAUCUGUGGGCCACGACCAUUGCAACGACUUCUGUCUGCAUUCCGAUCUGUGGCUGUGCUACGGAGGUGCCGUCGGCGAGGGCGGUUAUGGCGGCUACGGGGGCACAGAACGGCGAAUGCGUGUGUUCGAGGUGGACGCGACGAACGGACUGGUCUCCACGUGGCAGCGACUGCAUUCGGACCCCCAAACCGUUAUCGAGCAUCAUGUACUAGAAAAAUAA